UGAUCGUUUGCAACGUCGAACGAAAUAAUAAAAAUAUUAUUACAUCCUUAAGAAAACUCCUGCAUUCAUGAAAACAAAAGAUGAAGACCUCUUCAUCACUUGUUUUCAUGAAUCUUCAUCUCUGAUGAAAACUGUAAAGUGCGUUCUACGUAAAUACGUUGUUAGAGGGCUUUUCGCUUGAUAUUUGAGAGAGGAAAAGUACCGAUUGUUUACUACUUAUCAAGAUCUAAAAAUCCUGAGAAAUACCAGGUAGAUGACAAUGGAUGCCAACGCAGACGAUGACGGAACUUUAAAUGAAUUAGAAAAUUCAGAAAAUAGACAAAAUAAUGUCGAAGAGGAUUAUUCAGAAGAGAAUACAGACGAAACAUCUGUAUCUACAGAAAGUACUUUCGAUUUGACACUACCAGCAACACACUCUUAUUUAGGACAUAAUUUGGAAGAACUCAGAGGAAGAACAAUAUUAGACGAUGGAGUAUAUGUGAAUUUGCCAUUAUUGGCAAAGAAAUCUGUUAUGUUAUUUCCUGGACAAACGCUACCAAUGACAGUAUUUGAUGCACAAACUAUUGACAUGAUAAGAACCUGCAUUGAAAAUGAUAGGACGUUGGGUAUUGUUUGUUUGGGAUAUAAUAAAAUGGUAUCAAUAGGUACUACUGCCGAAAUAUAUGAGUGUAUGUACGAUCCUGAACAAGGUUUCCGUUUGAAAGCCAAAGGCAGACAAAGAUUUAAGAUUCUAGGUGUCAUAAUCCAGGGAUCUGACAAAAUAACAGCCCAGGUUCAAGUCUUACCAGAAAUAACACUUGGUCCCCCAUUUUUGGAUGAUCGUCUAACUUCGCUAAAUCAUUUACGAACACAUCCGAGAACAGAAGAAGAGUUUAAAAAACAAGAAAGAGUAGAAAAUUUGGACGCUGUAGUAACGCCUUGGCCUGGUUGGGUGUAUCGUCAAUAUGACCCGUUAAGGCUCUCUUUAAAGAUACGACAGCGUUUGCAUUUCAUCGAGAGUAGAGGAAGCAGCAUACCAGAAGAGCCUGCGGAUUUGUCAUUCUGGGUCGCUCAAAACUUAGUAUUGGACGAUAAUGAACGAAUUGCUUUAUUAAAUUAUGAUUGCGCGAUUUCAAGGCUGCAGAGGGAAAUCAAAUAUCUAGAAGAAGACAAAAUAUUUGUUUGUUCCAACUGUGAUUCCUAUAUUGGAAGGCAAUCGCACAUGUUCCCCAUGAGUAAGGAAGGUCCACAGGGUACUUAUUGUAACUCCGCCGGAAUUAUACACGAGACUGUGACCUUGUAUCACGCGCAGGGCCUUACAUUAAGCGGCAGCCCACCGUCACUAGAAUAUACGUGGUUCCCGGGAUAUGCCUGGACAAUAGCGAUGUGUAGCCAUUGCUAUGUGCACAUGGGAUGGAAAUUCACAGCGGUCCAGAAUAAUUUAAAACCUAAGGCAUUUUGGGGCUUGACGCGUAAAAGUUUUAAAAGCAAAAAAAAGUGAUUGAACGAAACAAGUUCAAUGGAUAUAAAUGAAGUCGUGAUUUUCAAUGAUUAGUUUAAGGAACCUGGUGCAUAUUUCCGAUAGUUUGUUAGCGUUAUAUCGCUACCAGCAGUUGUUUGUCCUGCCCAAUUCCCUUCAGCUUUCUGUAGCGAUAAUGUUCAUUUUCUCGAUAUCGAUGAAGACUAUGAAACAUAACACUGAAGUAGUUAUUUCGUAUUAACGUCUGAUUGACUGAAGUAACGGUACAUGCAAAAAACUGAAAAUCGAAAAUCUGUACAUACACACACACACACACACGCGCGCG